AUGGCAGUCACAGCAUUCAGCCCAUUGAAACUUGCAUCGUCUUCUCUAGAUCCGAUUCCUUCGAUCUCGUCUUCUUCUUCUUCUUAUUCAUUCUCUCUGAUUAAGAGCGGCAUUAGAAACUCCGUCGGAUCUCCUUUGAAGAGAUGUCUAAAGCAGACAUGUUCUGUUCGAGCCAUGUGUUCUUCUUCUUCUUCUCCUUCCUCUUCGGCUGCUUCGUCUUCUUCUUCCUUCGGAUCGAGAAUGGAGGAGAGCAUUAAGAGAACGGUGACUGAGAACCUUGUCGUUGUUUACUCCAAAACUUGGUGCUCGUACUGUACUGAAGUGAAGACAUUGUUUAAGAGACUUGGAGUUGAGCCACUGGUGAUUGAAUUGGAUGAACUUGGUCCACAAGGGCCACAGCUGCAGAAGGUACUGGAAAGACUUACUAAGCAACACACUGUUCCUAAUGUUUUCGUCGGAGGCAAGCACAUUGGUGGCUGCACAGAUACAGUGAAGCUGAACAGGAAAGGAGAAUUGGAACCGAUGUUAGCUGAAGCCAAGGGUAAAACUGAGGAAGUUGCAGAGAAUCUAGAGAGACCAAUGGCUACUCUGGUCUCAUCUCAGGCAUAUAUCUACCAUUUUCACUUUAGUAAACGAGCUCUAAGUCAGGCUAAAGAGCCAUACUCUCGUAGACUUUCCCUUCAUAAUAAUCAAAGAGAAAGACUUGACUUUUUUCCUAAAAACACUAGAUUUUUGCCUCUGACGGUAACUAUAAAGCAACAACCUUUGUCUUUCAACACUGUGUGUUUCGCUGCAGACGAACCCUCCGAAAUCAGUGCUGAUGCCAGAAUCCGAAGUGAGGUUCUGUCUCCAUUCAGAUCAGUCAGAAUGUUCUUCUACCUGGCCUUCAUAGCGAGCGCUUCACUAGGAGGACUAAUAGCAACGUCAAGGCUCAUCGGCGCUCUAGCGAAUCCGGCAAGAUCAGGCGAAGUUCUCGAGAUCGUAAAAGGUCUAGGCAUUGACGUUGGUGCGGCUUCUCUGUUCGCGUUCCUCUACUUCCGCGAAAACAAGACCAAGAACGCGCAAAUGGCUAGGCUUUCGAGGGAAGAGAAUCUCGGGAAACUCAGAAUGAGAGUGGAAGAGAACAACAAGGUUAUAUCGGUUGGUGAUCUGAGAGGGAUCGCUAGGCUUGUGAUCUGCGCUGGUCCAGCGGAUUAUAUUGAGGAAGCGUUCAAGAGAAGUAGAGAGUUUACGCAGGGGCUUGUUGAGAGAGGUGUGGUUGUUGUGGCUUAUGCUACGGAUGGGAGGUCUCCGGUUUUGGAGUUCGAUGAGAGUGGUGAUAAUGCGGAUGAAGAGAUGAGCCAGAGAAGGAGGAGGUUGUGGCGUGUGGCUCCAGUUUUUGUCUCGGAAUGGGAAAAGUGGUUGGAUGAGCAGAAGAAGCUGGCUAAUGUUUCCUCAGACUCUCCAGUGUAUUUGUCUCUGCGUUUGGACGGGCGUGUAAGAGGAAGUGGAGUGGGUUAUCCUCCAUGGCAAGCCUUUGUUGCACAGCUUCCUCCGGUUAAAGGAAUGUGGACCGGUCUUCUUGAUGGUAUGGAUGGUAGAGUGUAG